AUGGAUUCGGAGAGUGUAGGGGCAAUUGAUAAUGGCGAUUUGAGUGCUCGGGAGCGGGUUAGGUGGGGUGAUAAGGUUUACACACGGAGGAAUUUUCGGAAAAAGGCCAAAUUAGGGAUCUCAAAUUCCGAUUCUGCCACCACCACUUACUCCGCCGUCGACGAGCCCUACGCCGCCCCCUUACCGCCUGCCGACACAAAGGUCAGCUCUUCCAGCCCUGCAAAAGAUGAUCUUGCCGCCAGUGGAACCGCUUCUCGGCCAUCCGUGGAAGGAAUCCUAGAUGAGAAAGAUGGGCACUUUUCAAACGGGGAGGCGCAACCUGUACCCUCCCGAUCAGAGGUUGGGCCUUCGACGCCUGAUGGUGUUCGGCAACCGGAAGAUGAUAGCCGUGGCGGGGAUGCGGUGUCUAGUGGUGGAGAAGGCCCGCCCUCGCUUAGCGUUCGAGUCGACGGAGGAGUUCUGGGGGAUGGACAAGAUUCUGCUCUGAACGGUGAAAGAGAGCCACCCUUGAGGCUUGACUCCGAAGCCCUUCCUCAGCCACUUUCUAACGGUGGCCAACACGCUGUGCCAAAUGGUGGAGAAAAGCCGCCGUCUUUAUCAAGGGAUGGGCAACAAUCAUCGUCGGAGCUGCAACACACUGGUGAACCGGAGUCUUUGCCAGGUAUUACUCAAUCGCAGUCCCAGAUUGUUCUAGUAGAUGCUCAAACUACUACUUCAGAACAAGUGGAGGCUGCCACAGCAGCCCAAAUUAAUAAAGAGCUGCAGGGAACUGUGCCAAUCAGUGAACGGUCACAUGCUCGGAUUGACGGGCCAGUGAAUGGUGUGGUUACUGCUGGUUUGGCUAACGGGUUGUCCAAGCCUAUGGUUGCAAAGUUUGAUGAUAGGGUUAGGAUAGAUAUAAAUGGAUCAAGGCCGAGAGAUGAAAUGAGGAACCUUAAGAGGAAGCUUGAGCAUGAGCUUGAGCAAGUUAAGAGUUUGGUGGAUAAGCUCCGGACGAAGGAGCUUCAGCUUACUGCUUAUACGAGUGAAGUUAACACUAACACUAGGUAUGUUAGUGGUAUUGGUGAUUAUAGUCAGCCGCUGCUAGCUAGAUCCAUGUCAGAGGUUGGUGUAGUGGGACAUCCCUACGGUCGACCACAGUUAAAUAGAGUGAAUUCGGAGGUUCGUCCUGUUGGAUAUCAAGAUCCGAGGCCAUUUGGGCACUUGAGUGUGUCGCUGAUGGAAAACAAUCAUGGUAUCAGUGAAUUUGUUGAGAAGGAGAAGCAGGAAAAGCGAACUCCUAAGGCCAAUCAGUUUUACAGAAACUCAGAGUUUCUUUUGGGGAAGGAUAGAUUACCUCCAGAAACCAAUAAGAGACUGAAGCUAAAUUACGGUGGAAAGAGGCGUGAUGGCAAUGCAGAAUAUGGGUAUGGCUAUGGCUAUCAAAAUAGGGAUAAAGUGUUUAAGAGCUGUAGAAAUUUGCUUCAGAAGCUGAUGAAGCAUAAGCAUGGAUGGACGUAUUAUAAUGCUGGGUUGCCCGUCAUUACUCCAAGAAAGGCAGUUCCCCCUGUGUUUAACCCUGUUCCAGCUCCUGUUCUCACCCCACCUUCAGUCCCCCCUUCAUUUAGGGGUUUUGAUAGAUCAGAUUCAAUGCCUAUUAAGCCAUCCAAUUCCAAUCCUCCUAGGACCACUGCUCCAAAGAAACCUAAAGCUAAGGAUCCAAACAAGAGGGACAUGACAUAUGAGGAGAAACAGAAGCUUAGUUCAAACCUACAAAGCUUACCUCCCGAAAAGCUUGAUGCUAUUGUUCAAAUCAUCAAGAAAAGAAGCACAGCACUCAGUCAACAUGAUGAUGAGAUUGAAGUGGACAUUGACAAUGUUGACGCCGAAACACUUUGGGAGCUUGACAGGUUUGUCACCAACUACAAGAAGAGCCUGAGUAAGAACAAGCGAAAAGCAGAGCUCGCCCUCAAAAGAAGAGCAGAGGCUGCUCAGGCUGCUCAAACUAAUCCAGCCCCAGCAGUGGUGGAAGCACAAACGGAACAUAGAACAGAUGACCAGAUUAAUCCUCUUGUUGAGGUUGGAAAGCAGGGGGAUAAUGUGAGUGGUUCUAGUAGUUCAAGCAGUUCCAGCAGUGACUCAGGGUCUUCUUCAAGUGAUUCUGAUAGCGAUAGUUCUUCUGGGUCAGAUGGAGGCCAUUCACCCAAGAGUUGA